CUCAAACGGAUCGCGUGUUUUCCCUCGAUCGGACGCGAUUUACUCCCGUCUCUGGUUUCCGUCAAAGCCGCCCUUAGUAAAAAAUGAAGUCGGUUCAGUGGGUGAAAAUAUUGCUUUGCCUGAUCCUUGCGUGCGUCAAUGUAUUCCUCUUCGUGGUGUCUUGGGGAGUGGACUAUCGCAUCUUGGUAGCUAGGGAGCAUAUACGCUUCCGCCAGGAGAUGCCCACCAUGGACAGUUGGAUAAACUCGCCAUUCGGGAAGCUGAAAAACUAUGUGUUCAACGUGACCAACGCCGAGGAGUUUCGCAGCGGUCGUGAUAGCAGACUUAAGGUAAAGGAGAUCGGCCCCAUUGUGUACAGAAUCGUGGGGUUCAACGACAUCUUAGAUCGCAACGAGACCAACGUUAGGUAUCGCAAGCACAGAUACCGCGUAGUGGAAUUCCUCCCGGAGGAAAGCGUAGCACCCGACGUCCUUAACUGGACCAUUACCUCCACAAACAACGUUAUCCUGGGCGCAGCGACGAAAGUCAAGCAUACGGCGCCACUUGCAGCCUUCGGUUUUGAUGCAGCGCUCAUGAUGGAGGAUAUAUUUGUUACAGACAGCGUAUACUACUUCCUGUGGGAGUUCACCCGUCCCCUGCUGCAAACGCUCUCCAGGAUCUCGAACAUAAGACCCAACGUCGCUGUUCUCUACAACGCUCUCAAAGAGAAGGAAGAGGUUUACACAGUCAACAUCGGCCCUAAGCGCGGCAUUGAAAACUUUUUCCGCAUCGAGACGCUUAACGGCGAGGUGAUCAUCCGGGAACAACUUCCGCACACCCGUCAGUACGACUCCAACUCUUGCCCCUUUAACGUUUCCGGAGCGCUGGACAACUCUCUCUUUCCUCCCUUUGUCCAGCCGGAUACGCCGCUGAGCAUAGUGGCUAUCGAGUCCUGCCGGGUCCUUCCGCUGACCUACCAGCGUCAGGAGCGUUACAACGGCCUUGAUACCUUCCGCUACACUCUGCUUCAGUCACAUCAAAAGCCUCCCGGCUGCCUGGACACAAGCUACGGUGUCAAGCUACCCGACGGAAUGUUUGACGUAUCCCAGUGUGUGAUAAAUGACGCCCCCUCUGCGUUUUCGAUGCCACACUUUUACGGAAGCAGCUACAACUGGAGCCAGCACUACGAAGGAUACACACCCAACGCCGAGGAUCACGAGCCAUACAUUUUGCUGGAGCCGGUCACUGGUAUUCCGGUUACGGAGAAAUACCGCUUCCAGUCCAACAUUCCUAUUCCGGAUCUCAGGAGGUUUAGCUCACGCCUAAGCCGGUUUAGCAACAUGAUGAUUCCCAGUUUUUGGUAUGAGUUCGAAAUGGGACAGCUGCCCGGUUUCGUGACCUCCCUUAUGUGGAUCAACGUCAACAUUGUCCAACACAUACAGCCGUAUUGCAUGGUUCUUUUUCUGGUCCUGGCCUUGUGGAGUGUCCUAAAGGCAAUUCGAGUGGCCUGCGGCGACCUCGGCUAUGUGGUCCUCUUCCGGAAGUUAUGUGGCGAUUUGGGCACGGUCACCGCUCUAGAGACCAAGUUCCAGGCCACUAGUGCUUCCCCCGACGUGGCAGUCAAAUAGUGAUUUACUUUCUGGACUGGACCCGUGUAUAUAUGUAUGCAAGAUUUAGAUUUAGGGUAGAGGUGUCGCUACUGAUGAACUAUCAGUAGUCCGCCGUUACGCAAUAUACGAUUUAGUGG